AUGGCAAUAAAACGUACACUCUCUAGAUAUUGGAUGAAGCAUAACAAUCAUGGAAGAAGUAAACCUCUAGUUGUUUAUCCCAAGAUUCCAGUGUUUGGCCAUGCCAUUGUUCAAGCGCAUUCCCCGCAGGGACCAAUACCACCUUCCAAUCAUAACACUUUCACUUCCUGGGCUAAAGUCUACACCGUGUUCUCUGUACCUCUCAUCCAGGCAGUCCAAAAGCAAAACAAGGCUCUCGCAUUCGAGCCGAUUCAAGCCAAGUUCUCGGUAAAGCUAUGCGGUUCUAGUCAGGAAGCGUAUCAUAUUCUGGAAGAGGAUAUGGACACGGAGAACGGAAAGUACGGAAACAUAUAUUUGGCCAUGCAUCAAGCGCUAAACCUAGGCAAAACUCUGAAUGAACUGAAUCAAGCAAUGGCUUUAAGACAUCAUGUCAACUUGGCAACUACAGAUGCCGUCUAUGGGCCUCACAAUCCUUUCCAGAAUCCAAAUGUGGAGGGUGCCUUUUGGGAGUUCGAGCGAGAAAUCCCUAAACUUCUCUACUUGCCCGACUGGCUCGCGCGAAAUGGUGUCCGCAACCGCAAACUCGUCGCCGACGCCUUCCAAAACUAUUUCUGCAAUGAUUACCACAAGCAAGCAUCUGGACUCGUACAAGACUUCCACACGUCUGAGAUCGCUUACGGCUUCUCGCUGUCCGACCGUUCACUCUUCGAAGUUGGGCACGCGCUCGCCAUUCUGGCGAAUACCUCCGCCGCUGUUUUCUGGACGGUCUUCUACGUGUUCUCCACUCCGGGAGCUUUACGGGAGAUCCGAGAAGAAAUCUCCACUAUCAUCACCAGCUCGGUAGACGACGCAAAUACGAGGAAGCAUUGUAUCGACAUGACGAAAGUGAACACCAAUUGCCCCAUACUCGUUUCCACCUUCCGAGAAGCAAUCAGACUUCACAGUAUUGGCAUCUCCCUGCGCCAAGUCUGCAAAGACAGUGUGCUAGACGGAACCUACUACCUCCGCAAGGACGCUAUGGUCCUCAUGCCCACCGCCGCUAUCCACACUAACCCCCUUGUCUGGGGCCCUGACGUCCUCGAGUUCAAUUAUCGUCGUUUCCACCCGUCCAACCCGCAUAAGGUAUCCCCUGCGGCGUUCAGAAGCUUUGGUGGCGGAACGACGUUAUGCCCUGGGAGGCAUUUCGCAACGACGCAGGUUAUGGCAUGGACGAUCAUGUUAGUGACGCGGUUUGAUAUGGAACCGGUGGUAGGGCAGUGGGUGCAGCCGACGACGGAGAACACCAAUCUGGCGAAUGUGAUGAUGAGUCUAGACCACGAUUUCCACGUGGAAAUGAGCGCGAGAGAAAUAUAUAGGGAUGGGAACUGGAGUAUGAGAGUAACAAACAAUGACGCGAUGUUUGGGGCCACGGUAGAGGAUUUGGAGUGGAGGGAGAAGGAGUGA